AUGGAUGACUUUAGUGCCGAGUUUCCACCACUAGAAGAUUUUACUACCACUUCAAAUGCAACUCUUAAUUCAGAUCUUGCUACGGAUUUUUUAGCCAGAGAACAAGAAGUUCUUGGAAAUGAUGCAUCAUUUUUUUCAACUCCUUCCGACCAAAUUGUCGAAGUAAACUCUAUUCCAGUAUCUUCAGUGAAUAAUAAUGUUUUUAAUUCCGUAACAACAACAGAAUCUAAUAUUGGCUUACCGGAUUAUUCUGCUUUUCAUUCGGAAUUUCCUCCAGUAGAAAUUGAUGAUAAUCGGGCAUCAACGACAAUUCCUGGAACAAAUGGAGUACUUUCUGGUACAAAUGGAUUAUCAUCAUCAUCACAAACAGAUGAACGACAAGAAGAACUCAUUUCUAAACGAGAUAAAGAAUCCGAAGAUAAAAAACAAGAAACGAUUGCUAAAGCACGAGAAGCAAUUGACAAAUUUUAUGAAGAAUAUAACGAGAUGAAAGCAAGAACACAUGAAGCCAACAAACUAGAUGAAGAAGCAUUCCUACGAGAAAGGGAUGAUAUAACUUCAGGCACGACAUGGGAACGUAUUUGUAAGCACGUUGAUAUUUCAAAUUCUCAAAGUAAAUCUGCCGCAAAACAUGUUAAAGAUGUUAGUCGAUUUAAAGGUUUACUUUUGAAUUUGAAAAAAGAUGAGAAUGCGCCAGGGGCUGGUGGAUAUUAA